UCUCGGCCAGUGUGCGGAGCGGCCUUAGGUCAGCCAGCUGCCUUUCACCGGUCUUCAAGCCUUCAGUCUUUCUUUUAGUCAAGAUGAGUGAUAAGCCAGACUUGUCCGAAGUGGAGAAAUUUGACAGGUCAAAACUGAAGAAAACUAACACAGAAGAAAAAAAUACUCUCCCCUCAAAGGAAACUAUCCAGCAGGAAAAAGAGUGUGUUCAAACAUCGUAAAAUGAGGAUCUUCUCCCAGGAGCAAAUUUCAACAUUGCCUGAGUGUCUUAGUUUGGGGCUUGUUUUUUGUAAACCUUUGUGUUGUAGAGAUUUCAGGCAUCUUCUGAUGUCUUCUCACCCAUACUCCCUGGCUAAGGGGUAGCCAGUGUUCCUUUACAUACAUUUUUAAACUUUCCAUUGUGCAUAAAUUCCAACUGGCAGAUCUGUCGAUACUCUCACCAUUGAUGACUUUUGUAUGGGUAGUCCUUGCACCUCCUAUUGGAUAAGCCACUUUUACCCUUCUGCAAUGGAUGCCUCCAUUGCUCCAUAAUCUUCAUGAAGUUGCAUGCUUUUGCAGCUUCUCACAAUUUAUUUUCAUUUCUAAUGUAGCAAUAAUAUAAUAAAUA